UCUACAGCAAGUACGACUAGAGUGUCUAUGUAUUCGAGUAAUAAUGAAUUACAUAAGCAGUGCCACUCAUGAUGGGCUUCAAAGUCUGCUGACUAGCACAGCCAGUGCUUUCUCCACUCACACAUACAGGUCUGCUCUAAAAAUCUCCACCACAGUGGAAUACGAGGAUUACACAAUAGAUGACGAAGACACUGGGGUAUGCAAUUACACCCGUCACUCUGCCAGCUUCCUUCCUGCGCUCUACUCCAUAUACUUUGUGUUGGGGGUGCUGGGAAACGGCCUGGUGGUGUGGGUUAUUAGUAUGGGGGUGCGCCUGCGGAGCAUGACAGACGUGUGCCUCCUCAACCUGGCGCUGGCCGACCUCCUGCUGGUCAGCUCACUGCCCUUCCUGGCGCACCAGGCCCGAGACGCGCACGCGCUCUUACGGGAUCCUCGCCAGCAUCGUCAAGUGCUGGCAGUGAAAUUAUCCAAUAGCAACGCGACGGCCAAAAAUGUCUGCGGCCGAGACUACGAGGACAAAGGUGGCCUGCGCGCCGGGGCCAUCUUCAAGAUGAACGUCCUGGGCUUUGUGAUCCCACUGACCAUGCUGAUCUUCUGCUACAGCCGAAUCCUGCUGACGCUCCUGCUCAGCAAGAGCCCCUGCCUCAGGUGCAGCUCCCUCAAGGCCUACCUCAGCACGGCCAGUGGCUCCGUCUACUCCGUUACCCGCAACACCAGUGUGGACGAGCGCUCCACUGCAAUAUGA